GCUCUCCUAUCAGCAGUUCGGCCUGUGCAAGUUCCUCUCUGAAUUCUUAGAGUGACUACUCACCAUAGUCCAAGAAACGGUCGAAAAACGGUAUCUUGACGAUAAAUGCAAUCGAAAAACAAACGGUAUAUAAUAUCACGAGCCGAACUCAAGGUCUACUAAGGGAAUCGAGGAGUGAGGAGAGCUCCUCGAGCAGAACAUAAACACAGUCAUUGGUAUGCUCUGCGCGGAAUCAUAGCUUUGGCGAUUUGCGGCGCUCUGUAUCAACAGAAUUGAGACAUGAUCGUGGAAGAGCUCCGAUGCUUCAUCUGACCGGGGAAUAAAAUAGAUAGAGAGUCUGCGGGUGGAUGCACAAAUCGAGUUCCGUGAUGGACACCGAAUCGGCCCUCAGAAAUUUUCGGGACUUCCUAACGAUCUACAACAAAAUGUCGGAGCAAUGUUUCGCGCAUUGCGUUAAUGAUCUAGGUCAGAGACAAUUGACGGAGAGCGAGGAGGUUUGCGUCGACAAAUGCGUCAACAAGAACAUAAAGCUGAACCACCGGAUGAUGGAGAUCUACAUGAAAUUGCAACCGGAAAUCAAUCAGAAGAGACUCCAGGAACAGGAAGCCCUACAACAGGGUGUUAUGCAGCUGAAGAACGAUAUUUGACGAGGGGUCCGUGCUCCCGAUAUCCUCUGGGCUCUCCGAAAUAAAUGUUCCCCGCCGGUUCGGCCA